GGGCAGCACUAAUUGUUUCUGAAAAUUGAGUAGUGUAAGAAUUUAGGUGUAAAAUAGACUUGAAAUUUAACUUUUGUUUAUUGUUACUAUGUCUGUUCCAAUUAACCCUUCAGAUCCAAAACGACCAGAAAAAAUUCAGAGAUACAAGGCCCCUGCCUCAGGGACUCCAGGAGAUGAUCCAACACCAGACUACAUGAAUGUGCUAAGUAUGGUUUUCAGCAUGUGUGGGCUAAUGAUGAAACUUAAAUGGUGUGCAUGGGUUGCAUUAUACUGUUCCAGUAUUAGCUUUGCUAACACUCGCAUCAAUGAUGACACCAAGCAGAUACUUAGUAGUUUUAUGUUAUCAAUCUCUGCAGUAGUGAUGUCGUAUCUUCAAAACCCUCAACCAAUGACGUUACCUUGGUCAUCGUAAUAUCCAAAUCGGUAAUUUACAUAAAACCAACAUUACAAGUAUAAGGACGAUUAUAUUUCAGCAGUGUAUAUUGCAGUGUUUAGAAUACAUAUCUAAUAUUUAGUGAUGAUAAUUCUGAAAAGAUAUUAAAUAUGUAACUUUGAAUUAUCUUGUAUUUCAAUCAUUCUUAAUGUGAGAAAAAAUAGACCUUCAGAAAUGUUCAAAUCUUGAAGGAGAAUGAAUGUUUUAAAUAAUAUGAAUGAUAAACAGACUGUGAGCAUUAUUUUAUAUCCUGAUAUCAAUCUUCUGAUAAAAAGAUAGUUAAAAUAAAAUGAGAGCAUGGGUAAUAAAAAGUUUUAUUUGUUUA